AUGGAAGCAGGAAACCACACAGAAGUAUCAGAAUUCCUCCUCAUGGGUCUCUCAGAGGAUCCAGAAUUGCAGCCCUUGCUCUUUGGGGUGUUCUUGUCUAUGUACCUGGUCACUGUGCUCGGGAACCUGCUCAUCAUCCUGACUAUCAGCUAUGACUCUCACCUCUACACCCUCAUGUACUUCUUCCUUUCAAACCUGUCCUUUGUUGACAUCUGCUUCAUCUCCACCACUAUCCCAAAGAUGCUAAUGAAUAUCCAGACACAGAGCAAAGAUAUCUCCUACAUAGGAUGUCUCAGUCAGGUGUAUUUUUUUAUGGUUUUUGCUGGAAUGGAUAGUUUCCUCCUGACUGUGAUGGCCUAUGACCGGUUUGUGGCCAUCUGCCACCCCCUGCACUACGUGGUCAUCAUGAACCCACGACUCUGCUGCAUCUUGGUUCUGAUGUUUUGGUCGGUCAUUUUUUCUGUCUCCCUGUUUCAUAUUCUACUGAUGGUGCAGCUGACCUUCUGCAUAGGCACUGAAAUUCCACAUUUCUUCUGUGAACUGGCUCAGGUUCUCAAGGUGGCCUGCUCUGACACCCUCAUCAAUAACAUUUCCUUGUAUGUGGCCACUGCUCUGCUGCUUGUGUUUCCUCUCACUGGGAUUCUCUUUUCUUACUCUCAGAUUGUCUCCUCCUUAAUGAGGGUGGGCACCUCUGAGAGCAAGUAUAAAGCAUUUUCCACCUGUGGCUCUCACCUCUCUGUGAUCUCCUUGUUCUAUGGGACAGGUGUGGGAGUCUACCUCAGUUCUGCUGUGACCCAUUCUUCCCAGAGAAGCUCAAUUGCCUCAGUGAUGUACACCGUGGUCACCCCCAUGCUGAACCCCUUCAUCUACAGCCUGAGGAACAAGGAUGUGAAAGGGGCCCUGGGAAGGCUACUCAGGCGAACAGCCUCCUGUCUGUGA